AGGUGUGGCAUUACUGGCAGCUCGCUUGCAAACUAUCGAGAUGAAGAUAUUGGUUCAAAGAGUAACAUCAGCGAGCGUCACUGUUGAUGGGAAGGUUAUAAGUUCUAUUGGGAAAGGAGUUUGUGUUUUACUGGGAAUAUCACGUAAAGAUACAUCUCAAGAGCUAGAAUGGACGGUUCGUAAGCUUCUAAACUUAAGAAUAUUUCAAGACCCUGGUACUAAUAAGCAAUGGGAGAAAAGUGUUGUUGAUCUGGGACUAGAAAUUUUGUGUGUGAGCCAGUUUACAUUGUGUCAUGUGCUAAAAGGGAAUAAGCCAGAUUUCCAUAAUGCCAUGAAAGCAGAACAUUCCUCUGAAAUGUAUCGGGAAUUUCUUGCAUUACUUGGAUCUAAUUAUAAUCCAGAUUUAAUUAAAGGUGGUGAAUUUGGUGCUUACAUGAAUGUACGAAUUGAAAAUGAUGGACCUGUUACUCUUGACAUAGAAUCACCUUCAUUUCCACCACCAAAAGAAAGAAAACCACAAGGUUCAAGUGCGUCGCAAGAGAAAGACAAGGCAAAUGAAGAACACAAACAAACAGAUGACAGUUAGAAAUUAAAAUGACAUAAAUUAAAUUAAUUGGAAGAAAUGUUAUUGAUAACUUUA